AUGGACAUUACGCGUGCGAUCACGUCGCAUGUCAAGUCGGCGUCCUUCUCGUUCCUGACGGCCGAGGAGGUGCGCAGCAUCUCUGUGCGGCAGAUUGUGAACCCUGUUCUGCUGGACAAUGCGAAUGCGCCGACGGAAGGCGGCCUGUACGACCCGGCGCUCGGCCCGAUGCGGCUCGACGAUAUCUGCCGGACGUGCCACAUGAACCAUUUCGAGUGCCCGGGGCACUUUGGGCACAUGGAGCUGCCCUCGCCCGUGUUCCACCCGCUGUUUAUGAACCACGCCUACUCGCUGCUGCGCGGGACGUGCGUCUUCUGCCACCACUUUAAGAUCUCCAAGGUGGCGAUGGCCAAGUACACGGCGCAGUUCCAGCUGCUCGAGUACGGCCUCGUGGACGAGGCCCAGCUGAUUGCCGCCGAGCAGCUGCGCCGCCCGCUGGCCGACCUCGAGGAGGAGGACGAGGAGGAGGACAGCAAGCGCUCGCGCGCCAAGAUUGAAACUGUCGAGGAGUUUGUGCAGCGCAUCAACGACGCCACGCGCAAGUACAUCAAAAAGGCCGUGCAGGCCGGCGCUUCCAAGGGCGCCACGCACGGCUCGGCAGAGUACGCGGCCCGCCGCGACCUGCGUAACGUGUUCCUCAAAGAUAUCCUGCGCCGCCGCUGCGAGCGCUGCCUAGCCAUGAAUCCUACCCUGCGCAAGGACGGCUUUGUAAAGAUCACCGAGCGUGUGCUCUCGGCGCGCGACGCGGCGAUCCACGAGGCGCGUGGCAUCCGCCGUGACAAUGUGCUGCUCGACCGCGGCGUGCCUAUGUCGGGCGAGACGGACGGAACGACGGUCGUCGACAGUGCCGAUGCGGAAACGCCGAGCACCAUGUCGAUGAAGGAGGCGCGCAAGCUGAGCAAGGACGCCGCCGACACGACGCGCGUCGUGCCUGCGAGCGAGUGCCGUGCGAACCUGCGCCGCCUCUUUGCGAACGAGGCCGAGAUCUGUGCGCUGAUCUUUGGUCGCCAUCCGAUGUUUGCCAACGGCGGCUCGGCGCCGAGCGCCGACGUCUUUUUCAUCGAAGUGAUCUGUGUCACGCCGACGCGCUUCCGCCCGGCGAGCGUGAUGGGCGACCAGACCUUUGAGAAUGCGCAGAACGAGCUGCUGACCAAGAUUCUGAACACCGCCUUUACGGUGCGCGACCGCAACGCACAGGCGCAGGCGUUCCAGAAGAAGAGCAACUACCCCCUGCUCGACGGCGUAAGCGAAGAGCAGGCCAAGACGCUGCAGCAGCAGUGGGAGCAGGACCGCCGCAUGGCGAUGGACCAGCUCCUCGGUGCGAUGAUGGAACUCCAGGUGAGCGUGAACUGCUACAUCGACUCGUCCAAGAACCCUGCGCCGAUGCGCCAGGGCCAGGCGCCGCCGCCGGGUGUGAAGCAGGGCCUCGAGAAGAAGGAGGGCCUUUUCCGCAAGCACAUGAUGGGCAAGCGUGUCAACUUUGCCGCGCGCUCGGUCAUCUCGCCGGACGUCAACAUUGAGACGAACGAGAUCGGCGUGCCGCCCGUCUUUGCCAAGCGCCUGACGUACCCCGAGCCGGUGACGGUGCACAACUACGAGCUGAUGCGCCAGCUCGUGAUCAACGGGCCGGAUACCUACCCCGGUGCGCACGCCGUGCGGGCCGAAGACGGCACCGAGACCCUGCUCAAGCACCUCUCGGUCGAAGAGCGCACGGCGUUGGCGAACCAGCUGCUCACGCCCCAGGGCCAAACGUCGCGCCAGGCGCUCGGCACGUUUGGCGGCGUUGGCGGUAACCUGCGCACGCCGGUGGCCAACAAGCAGGUGCUGCGCCACCUGCGCACCGGCGACAUCCUGGUGAUGAACCGCCAGCCGACGCUGCACAAGCCGUCCAUGAUGGCGCACAAGGCGCGUGUUCUCCAGGGCGAGCGCACGAUCCGCAUGCACUACGCGAACUGCAACUCGUACAACGCCGACUUUGACGGUGACGAGAUGAACAUGCACUUUCCCCAGAGCCAGAUGGCGCGUGCCGAGUGCUACAACAUUGCCAACACGGACAACCAGUACCUGGUCCCGACUAGCGGUAACCCGCUGCGUGGUCUAAUCCAGGACCACGUCGUGGCGGGCGUCUGGAUGACGUGCAAAAACACGCUGUACACGCGCGAGGAAUACAACCAGUUCCUCUUUGGCGCGCUGCGUCCGGAGAACUACGGCGCGGGUGGCCGCAUCCUCACCGUUCCGCCGGCGAUCGUCAAGCCCGUGCGCCGGUGGACGGGUAAGCAGGUCAUUUCCACGAUCCUGCUCAACGUCAAGCCGGCCAACGCCGUCGGCCUCUACCUGCAGUCCAAGGCCAAGGUCGCAGGCCGCUUCUGGGGGCCUGGCCACAAGGAGGAGGAGACAGUGGUCAUUGACGACGGCGAGAUGCUGACCGGUGUGCUGGACAAGUCGCAGGUCGGUGCAUCCGCCUACGGUCUCGUGCACGCCGUGCACGAAAUCUACGGCCCGGAGAGCGCAGGACGCCUGCUGAGUAUCCUUUCGCGCCUGUUUACCAUGUGGCUGCAGCACAACGCCUUUUCGUGUCGUAUGGACGAUCUCUUGCUCAGCACAGAGGGCGACGCGACGCGCCAGUCGCUGCUGAGCGAAGGCGCGACGCACGGCUUGGACGCGGCGAUGCACAACGUCGGCCUCGACGGCAAGAACGCCACGGACCCCGAUGUGAACUACAAUUUGCGCCGCCGCCUCGAAGAGGUGCUGCGCGACGAUACCAAGCUUGCGUCGCUCGAUGCCGAGAUGAUGUCUGCAUCCAACAAGCUGACGUCGUCCGUCAUUAACGCGUGUAUUCCCGGCGGUCUCUUGCGCAAGUUCCCCGAGAACAACAUGCAGAUGAUGACCGUGUCGGGUGCCAAGGGUAGUGCGGUCAACGUCUCCUCGAUCUCGUGCCUGCUCGGUCCGCAGGCGCUCGAGGGCCGCCGUGUGCCGGUCAUGGUCUCGGGCAAGACGCUCCCGUCGUUUAAACCGUUCGAGACCGCGGCGCGCGCCGGUGGCUUCGUCGCCGGCCGCUUCUUGACGGGUAUUGCGCCCCAGGAGUACUACUUCCACUGCAUGGCCGGCCGCGAGGGUCUGAUUGAUACGGCCGUCAAGACGUCGCGCUCGGGCUACCUGCAGCGCUGCCUGAUCAAGCAUCUCGAGGGUGUCUCGGUGCAGUACGACCAGACCGUGCGCAACUCGGAUGGUUUCGUGCUGCAGUUCCACUACGGUGAGGACGCGCUCGACGUGACCAAGAGCAAGUACCUGGAGCGCUUCGACUUUACCGCGCAGAACUUCGAGAGCUACCGCCGCCGCUACAACCCGGUGCAGCUCGAGGAGUCGAUGGAGGUGGAAAUGGCGCCCGAGUACAUGAAAAAGGCACUCAAGAAGCCGCACAAGUAUCCCCCGGUCCUGUCGGUCUACACGCCGACGCGCCACUUUGGCUCCAUGUCGGAGACCUUUGCGCGCAAGGUCGAGGACUACGUCGCGGCGAACCCCAGCGGCCUGCUCGCGGCCAAGAAGAAGAAGCACGAGAAGGACGCGGCGUCGAGCAUGCCCCUGGCGCAGCCCAAGCUGGGUGUCGAGCAGUUCCGUGCGAUGACCAAGGUGCUCUACCACCGCGGCCUCGUCGAGCCCGGCGAGAAUGUCGGUCUGCUUGCCGCGCAGGGUAUCGGUGAGCCGUCGACGCAGAUGACACUCAACACCUUCCACUUUGCUGGUCACGGUGCGGCGAACGUCACGCUCGGUAUUCCCCGUCUGCGUGAGAUUGUCAUGACGGCCUCAAAGGACAUCAAGACACCGAUCAUGCGCCUGCCGGUGUGUGACGGCAUUACCGAGAGCCAGAUGCGCACCUUCUGCAAGGACGGCUCGCGUCUCGUUCUUAGUCAGAUCGUCGAGGAGGCCACCGUCACGGAGCGUGUCCUGCCCAAGACGGCCAAGAACGGCUACCAGCGCCAGAAGAUGUACACGGUGCGCCUCAACCUGUACCCUGCCGACGAGGUGCUCGAGGAAUACAAUGCCUCGACCGAGCACCUCCUCGAGGGUCUCAAGGCGACCUUUGUUCCGCUCGUCGACCGCGAAAUCCAGCGCGAACUCAAGCGCAUGCGCCGCGACCAUGUGCGCCAGGCGCAGUCGAUCGGCCAGGGCGAGAGCUUCGCCGAGUCGGCGCCACGCGACGAGGACGAGGCGCCACAACCGGCACAGAAUGCAGACCUCGACGAUGAGGACGACGCCGUGUCGGACACGGAGGAGGACAAUGCGGACGCGGCAAAGCGCCGUGCGAACGCGGGCUCCAAGGUGUCGUACGACGAUGACGACAACGACCAGGAUGCGGACGAGACACUAAACGCUGCCUUUGACGAGGACGGGCCGCUGGUCGACGACGAGGCGAUGGAGGAGGAUGCCGAAGACGCCGACAAGCGCAUUAACGAGCUCGGUGAGGAGAUGACGAACGACAGCAAGUUUGUCCUCGACUUCCGCUUCGAUGCCAAGGACGGGCAGUGGGCCGAGUUCGAUUUGCAGAUGAGCAGCAGCACUGAAAAGAUGCUCCUCAUCAGCGUGAUCGAGCGCGUGUGCCGUGCAAGUGUCGUCCACGAGAUCCCGCGCAUCAGCCGCAUCAUGAUUCCCCCGCCGACGCCGGGCGACAAGAGCGUCGCACUCACUGCCGAGGGUAUCAACCUGCGCGGCAUGUGGGAGUUUGGCUUCGGUGUCGUCGACAUGGACAAGAUUUACUCGAACGACAUCGGCGCUCUUCUGCACAACUACGGUGUGGAGGCAGCGCGUGCGGCGAUCGUGAGCGAGCUCAAGGGUAUCUUUGACACCUACGGUAUCGGUGUCUCGAUGCGCCACCUGUACCUUAUUGCCGACUACCAGACGGCAUUUGGCGACUUUAGACCGUUCAGCCGCGGCGGUCUUGCCGACUCGCCUUCGCCGCUGCUCAAGGCCAGCUUCGAGAUGACGAUGGCCUUCCUCAGCGGCGCAGCAUUGUACCAGGAGGGCGACGACUUCCGCUCGCCCUCGUCCAACAUUGUCGUCGGCCGCCCGGUGCCGACGGGCACAGGGGCAACGACAAUCCAUAUGCCUUUGGCGGCAAGUGCAUAG